UCAGCCACUGGGCAUUGGGAGCGUGGGGCAGAUCUCACCCUCAAGCCAUCCAUAUAAUCCCAGCCGCCACAGAGAACCUCACAAGUGCAAAGACCCACAGUUCUGUGAACAGCUCUUGUGUGCCUUAGAUAACUAUUAACACCACCAUGGAGUUUCUGGGUGUCCGACAGCCUUUCACCCAUUUUCAGGAGGAAAAGUAUCAGAUGCUGGAGCUAAACCAACGUCUUGAAUCAUACUUGGGUCGUGUAAAGCUUCUGGAGGAAGAGAACAAACUACUAAAAGAGGAGAUCUACACACUCAAGAAGAGCGCAGAGCCACCGGGCCAACGCAAAGCUCAGGAGGAGGCACUCCUCAAGACCAGGAAGAUGAAGGAAGAAGUCUGGAGAGAGAAAGAUCGUGUGGAGAUGGAGGUGGAGAACCUGAUUGAAGAUAUACAGAUGGUGAACAUUCAGAGGCAGAAAGAAAAGACUGCCCACGCUGAAGCUCAGAAGCGACUCGCAGACAGCAAAAAAGAGCUAGAAGAGGAGCGGAGAGCUCAGAAUUGGCUUAGGGAGAAGUUUGCCCAGCUUGAGAACGACCUUGUGCUACAGAUGCAAGUCCACCAGGAGAACAUGGAAACUUUGCAGGCCUCUCUGAAACAGACAAAGCAAGUCUUGAUGGCUCCUCAGAUCAUCCAAACUAACAUCAUCCCAGACCUGGGACAGGAGUAUGGCCACAGAGCAGCUCAAGCCUGGAAGGAGGCAACCAGCAAAUAUCAGAGAAAGGUGGAAAAUCUGGAGGAAAGUCUAAACCAGGCAAAGACCAAUAUGGGAAAGCUUCAUCAGGAGAAAAGAGAAAAGCAGUAUCAGAUUCAACAACUGGCUAAGGAACUGGAGAGCAUGAGGAUGAAGAGAGAGAUGCUGGAGAAGCAUGCGGUGCAACAGAGAGAUGAACACAGCGAUGAGCUUCAGCAUCUUCAGGCUCAAGUAGAUGCUCUGGAGAUGGAGAAGGAGACUCUGGGACAGGAGAUUGGCAGCUUGAUGGUGGACAGACAGAACCUGCUGCAGGUUAAGAUGUCUCUUGGACUAGAGUUGGCCACAUACAGAGCUCUACUGGAAAGCGAAGGCAUGAGAAUCAACAAAUCAUCGACAAAUCAGACUCAAUCUACUUUUCAUUUAGAUGCACUCUCAAAGCCCACUGGGACCCACCCGGCCUCAAAGACCUCCAGCCAAUUCAGCAGUAUUGUGUCUACAAGUCACAGAUCAAUCGGCUCCUCUCAAAAACUGCUGACCAAUGUGACUCCGACACGGACCCCGACUCGAGGGAGUCCACAGAAGAAACCAUGCAGCACCUCAGGGACAGACAAGAAAAUGGUUAAUCUUUCAGAGGAGAAAGGUGCCCAGGAGUCUGUGAAUAAUUUCCAUCCAAAGAAAGACCUUCAAGAUAUGACAUGUACAGCAACUCCUCCCCAAACCAUGGCAGACAGUGUGACAGAAGAACCAGAAGAUCUUAAGGUUGAGAGUGAGCCAAAAUGCACUGAAAUGGUUGAAUCUAAAACCAAUGAAUCUGUAUUGAUGAGUGUGUUGUCAACUGACCUUACAAGUAGCCUCUCCCAGACUCCUGAAACAGAGAGCUGGGCUGGUCCAUUUACAGAACCUGCAGGGGUUUCAGAAGAAAGCAAAGAUGAAGACACUGAGGUGUCUGUGGAGAUGGCUCUGAUCUCACAUGCACCUAAGGUUGCCUGGGAGGAAAAUAAAACCAUGGGAGAUGAUAAAGAGGACGCUUCUGAGACGGAUGUAAGAUCAGAGACUAUUAGUGAAAGUCACAUAAUUGGGAAUGCAGAGAGUGACAAUCCAUUAACAUUCAGCCAUGUCAGUAAAAAUACCAAUAUAAUGGUUUCAUCGAUUCAAGAACCUGCAUGUUUAUACACAGUGGAUGGUUUUGGCUACAAGGAAGAAACAAAUGAAGAUCUGAUGAGAGGAGAUGAAAAGGACAAUGUCAGCAAUAUUAGUGAGGAUUUGUCAGAGCCCAUGAACAGUGAAACCGAAGCAGCAAUUGAUUCAAUUAUUGAGUGGAACAGAGAGGAAGACAAUGAGGAACAGAACAGGAUAAAAGUAAAAGGCCCUGAUUCUGAAGUUGAGGAAAAGAAUGAGAUAAAAGUAAUUAGCUCUGACUUUGAUGUUGAGGAACAGAAUGAGAUAAAAGUAAUGAGCUCUGACUUCGAGGUUGAGGAACAGAAUGAGACAAAAGUAACAAACCCUGCGCUUGAGGUCGAGGACCAGAAUGACAUAAAAGUAAUGAGCUCUGACUUCGAGGUUGAGGAACAGAAUGAGAUAAAAGUAAUGAGCUCUGACUUCGAGGUUGAGGAACAGAAUGAGACAAAAGUAACAAGCCCUGACUUUGAGGUUGAGGAACAGAAUGAGAUCAUAGCAAUGAGCUCUGGCUUCAAAGUUGAGGAACAGAAUAAGAUAAAAGUAACAAGCCCUGACUUUGAGGUUGAGGAACAGAAUGAGACAAAAGAAGUUACAAUGCCUGACAAUGAGGUUGAGGAACAGAAUGAGAUCAAAGUAAUGAGCUCUGACUUCGAGGUUGAGGAACAGAAUGAGACAAAAGUAACAAGCCCUGACUUUGAGGUUGAGGAACAGAAUGAGAUCAUAAUGAGCUCUGGCUUCAAAGUUGAGGAACAAAAUGAGAUAAAAGUAACAAGCCCUGACUUCGAGGUUGAGGAUCAGAAUGAGACAAAAGUAACAAGCCCUGACUUUGAGGUUGAGGAACAGAAUGAGAUCAUAGCAAUGAGCUCUGGCUUCAAAGUUGAGGAACAGAAUAAGAUAAAAGUAACAACCCCUGACUUUGAGGUUGAGGAACAGAAUGAGACAAAAGAAGUUACAAUGCCUGACAAUGAGGUUGAGGAACAGAAUGAGAUCAAAGUAAUGAGCUCUGACUUCGAGGUUGAGGAACAGAAUGAGACAAAAGUAACGAGCCCUGACUUUGAAGUUGAGGAACAGAAUGAGAUAAAAGAAGUAACAAGCCUUGACUAUGAGGUUGAGGAACAGAAUGAGAUCAAAGUAAUGAGCUCUGACUUCAAAGUUGAGGAACAGAAUGAGAUAAAAGUAACAAGCCUUGACUUGGAGGUUGAUGAACAGAAUGAGACAAAAAUAAAAAGCCAUGACUUUGAGGUUGAGGAACAGAAUGAGAUAGAUGUAACAAGCCCUGACUUUGAGGUUGAUGAACAGAAUGAGACAAAAGUAAAAAGCCCUGACUUUGAGGUUGAGGAACAAAAUGAGAUAGAAGUAACAAGCCCUGACUUUGAGGUUGAGGAACAGAAUGAGAUGAAAGUUAUGAACCUUGAUUCUGAGGUUAAGGAACAAAAUGAGAUCGAACUAAUGAGCACUGACUUCAAGGAUGAGGAACAGAAUGAGAUGAAAAUAAUGAGCCCUGAUGUUGAGGCUGAGAAAUGGGGUGAAGUAGAGAUUGAAAAUGAAAUGAAGGAUAUGAUUGUAAUUAAAGAAAACGAAGAACCAGUGAUUAUGAAAGAUGUUGAUGGAGGCCUUCAAACUGUAGAUUCUCAAAAAAACCUUGAUCAUGUGGGGAGUACAAUAGACGUCAUAGAAGAAACUGUAGCACAUAUUGAGGAAUAUAGGGGAGAAGAAGAAAACCAAGAGGAUGAUGAGGACUCCCAAAACAUAUCUAUUUCAUGCACAACUGAUCCUGGAGAUUGUGACAGCUACACACAAGAAAACACAAUAGCAGACACCCGCCCAUUGAUUCGUUAUAAAAGUGACGAUGAAACAGACAUAAAUGUACAAGCAGCACACUUUGGGGGCGCUGAGAUGAGUGACAGUGAGGACGAGAAGGAAAGGAUAGAUGGAGGUCGGUGUGGUGAAAGCGUCUCCAAACGCUUUAACACAAUGGAAGAUCUUUCAGAAGAACCAGACAUAGAUGUCAUUGGAGAGAUGAUAACAGAAGAAACUGUUCAGACAGAAGAAGCACUGGAAGAUGAAGAUUUGGUGGUGGAGGGAGAAAGUGUAACAGCUAAUCUCAUGGGAAACCAGAAGGUAGACAGUGAUGAUGAUGUAAGAGAUGAUGAUCAUGGUUUCAAUAUUUGUGAGCAAAAGGAGAUUCCACAACUGAAUGAAGAACCACUAAUUCAUCACACCGAACAGCCCGUCCAGAAGGACGAUGAAACAGUCAAUUCAAACGAUAGUCAAGAAAAUGACUUUAAAUUUGUUAACAAUCAAUCCUCAUUCCCAGAUCCACAAUUUCCUGAAACCUCACAGGAAGUACAACUUCAAGAUUCUAAUGAAGUUUCAUCAGCAUUUUUCCAAAGCACUACAAUCACAAAACAAACCUUUCUAGAAGACGUCCAGAACAUGUCCAUGCACACCAACAUGGAUUUCAUGGAAACUCUCCCUUUGGAGAGCGAGAUAAAUAGUCAGCCAGACUUGCCCAACUUUGACCAGGAUGAGUGUAACAGUUCAGACGAUGAGUCUCCAAAUGCCAGCCAGUCCUUUCAGUAUUCAUCUCUUUCACCAAAGGCUACUGCCAAUGAACAGCCAUUAACCUUGGCAGCCCAACUCACUAAUGAUAAAGUCUCUGAAGCUGAUUUAGUGUCUAACAAUGAACCAGAAGUAUUCAGUAAGGACUUUAUAGAGAAGAGCACCGAAGACCAUAAAACCUCUCAGAUUCAUGAUUGGGACAAUUCAAACAUUUGCAAAAGCACAGCCACCACAGCAGACAUCACCUUCAGUAUGGAUGAAAGUUCAAGCCAGCAUUCAAUGAAGCAUGAGACUGAGAAUUUAGACAGUCCAAACAGAAUGGCAAGUGUAGCUGAAAACAUCUUUGGGGUUUUUGAGAAAAAUACAACGGAGAGUUUUUCCACACAAGAAUCAAAUGUGAUCGAUAUCUUCCAAAGAGACAUUCCAGAAGAGGAAUUCCCAUCAAAAGAAAAGGAGAGUGAAAUUCACAGUUUCUUUAGCACUAAUUUAAAGGAAGAUUUCUGGAAUGAAGGAAAAAUGGAGAUGGGAGCUACGAAUGACCCGGUGAAGACUGAAACCUUCACACAUGAAUCUAUUCACUUAAACCAGGGCAUGGUCUUCGGACAGGAAUGGAGAGAUCUGGGAGUCAUGCCAACAGCUAAUGGAAACUCUAAAGAAGAAAUUAAGAUCUUCAAAGUUCAGACACAAGAUGAGAAGCUGAGGCAUAAGGCUGAAGAAUCAAGGCAAGCAGAGAUGAUCCAAUCUGAUGAGUCUGUGGAUGGUGGAGAUUCUUGGUCCUCUGGUGAUGAGUAACUGCCCUGCCAAAACCGAAAAACUAAUUUUAGUUCUGUCCAAUAACAGUUUCUAUUUAUGACUAAACCAAAAACCUUAAAAAAGUAGUAAUGUUAAAUAAAUAAAAUAUGUAUAAUAUUAAAAGGUGAACUGAAACAUUUUUACUUACAAAAAUGAAACUAGACAUGAGAAAAAGUCCAAUGUGUGUGAUGUGUCAUGUUUUUACUCAUCAAUUUAACAGUCAGCUGUCAUAUGGAUAAGGAGAUUUUGUUUUAGCUGUCAACUGUAUGAAGUGUCAUUUCAUGUUUGUUGUUUAUUUAUGCCAUAAUCAGACCAGCUUCCUGUUGAUCUCUUUAUGUGUCAAUUUUCAAAAAUAAAAGAACAAAAAAUCA